AUGGGAAUCGAACUAACCUCACCCGAAAGCAGCCGUUCUCCAUCACCCGUCCUCAGAUGUGCACACUCUGCAAAGGCAGAAGCAAGCCUCGCCAAUAAUUGUCUCACUUACAACGUCUCGGUUGGUUUCAAUGAAGCCUGUGGGGUUGUCUACUUGGUUGUGGUUCACGAUAAAUUCGGUGUGGAAAAGUUGACUCUUCAAAAUAUCCGACGAUUUGAAGUUGCCGAGUGUCAGCUAAAUCACUUUUUGGAGGAAUACCCAGUUGAAGGUUAUCGCGAGCGCGUGCAAAUGCAAAUGGACUUGCAAUCCAUAAACUAUGCUUACGACCAUGCUGACAUGAGUUCUCAUUGA